AUGAUUGUGGAUAAGACGCCGGUACCUGGAUCAGAAAGUUGUGGCUCGCUUCUGAUUGGUCCAGAAGAGCGCGAAAACGAGGAUUUUCUUGUCGCUAUGUUGCCGUUUCCGAUAGAUAUGGAUCCUGUCGAAGAGUACGACUACUAUAUUCCAGGAUACAACGACGAUGUGCUUUUUACUUGGAUUCGUGGAGUCGUGGCUCCGCGGUGUUUAAUAUCUUCAAUAAGGAGCCUUAUUAGGCUACCUUACAAAUCUGUCGACUUUGGAACUUCUCUUACUGGUAAAAGAGCAUUUAGUGUGUUUAGACCGAUGGAUGAUACCAAUGAACUGGAACAGCCGGUCGAAUCAUCCAGCUUUCCAGUAGAUACCUUCAUCUACAAGACUGAAAGUCAACAGCCCGAUUUCGUCAAGAAAUAUGGGAAAUAUGCGGAUGGAUGCAAUGUUUUGAUUGCGAUUUUGGAUACUGGUGUCGAUCCAUCAUUGCCAUGCCUUGAGAGAACCAACUUUGGAGCGCGAAAGAUCGUCGACUGCAUUGAUUGCAGUGGCGCCGGCGAUGUGGACACAAGUGUGGUAAAAUCUGCUCAAAAUGGCGUGGUUAUUGGCUUAACUGGGAGAAAACUGAAGAUUCCUGAUGAUUGGGUAAAUCCAACUGGUAAAUGGCAUCUUGGUAUUAAACCUAUUUAUGAGCUGUACCCAAAGACACUGCGUAAAACAGUGAAGGAAGACUGGCAGAAAGAAUCCUGGGAUUCGGCUCACCAGUUGGCAAAAGCGGACGCGCUUCGCCUACUUUUAGGGCAUGAAGAGUCAGUGGGAGGAUUUAGCGACAAUGUGAAGGAUAAACAUGAUCGCGAAAAUCUUGCAUGCCAAGUGGAUUUCCUUAAAUCUAUGGAUAAAUUGGAGGAUAAAGGACCAGUAGCUGACUGUAUUGUAUGGCAUGAUGGUCACAAUUGGAAGGCUUGCAUUGACACGUCCUUCCGUGGUCGUUUAGCUCUUUGUCAUCCUAUGGGAGAGUUCCGGCAGACAGGGCAUUUCACUAAGCUUUCAGCUAGAGACGAUGCUUGCUACACUUUUCGUAUUGAAAAUUCUGGCAAUCGCCUUGAAAUUUGUGUACCAAGUGGAGCUCACGGGACACAUGUUGCAUGUAUUGCUGCUGCUUAUUCUCCAUAUGAACCUGGUGCUUCAGGACUUGCACCUGGUGCUCAGAUAGUUUCGAUGAUGAUAGGUGAUAAUCGUAUUGAUUCUAUGGAAACUGGUACAGCGCUUAUUAGAGCGUUAAGUCUUUGUGUAGAAAUGAAAGUUGAUAUUGUUAACAUGUCGUUUGGAGAAGGAUCGCAUUUUCCUGCUUCAGGGCGUAUCAUAGAAGAGAUUCAAAGAAUUAUUUAUCAGCAUAAUGUGAUUUUCGUUGCAUCCGCAGGAAAUAGCGGACCAGCACUGUCCACUGUUGGUUCUCCUGGUGGUACGACACCAGGCGUUCUUGGUAUUGGUGCCCGGAUUUGUCCUAAACAGGCAGAAGCGCUUUAUGGCGUUUUCAAUGAGGUAAAGAAUGUCUUAUAUCCGUGGAGUGCUAGGGGCCCUUGUGUUGAUGGAGCAGUUGGUGUUUCUUUAUGCGCUCCAGGAGCAGCAUUUGCUGGAGUUCCUCGUUUUUGUCGUAAAGCUAAACAAAUGAUGAACGGAACAAGUAUGAGUUCGCCGAAUGCUGCUGGAGCAAUAGCUUGUAUGUUAUCAAAACUUCGUGCUGAUGGUACCCAAUGGAACCCAUUUCGGAUUCGUCUGUCACUGGAAAAUACAGCAAAACGCAUGAGCGAUGAGCAUCUUCCGUUUGGCACUGGAAAUGGUUUAAUUCAGAUUAAUGACGCCUUGGAGCACUUCGAAAAUAACGCGAUUGAUAUGCCCCAACCAACGAUCGUUGAUAUUCGUGUUCGUGUAACGAACUUUAACAAGAGUAAAAGAGGUGUAUACAUCAGAGAACUCAAGGAAUCUCGAGAGAUUCAGGAGUACACGGUUACCGUGGAACCGAAAUUCAAGGAGUUCACUGAUAAUCUGUAUCAAGCGGAUUUCUCUAUGAAUAUCGUACUCCAGUCAGACGUUGGCUUUGUUCAACAUCCUAGUCUUUUUAUUCUCACUGCUGAGGGAAGAAGUUUCACAUUGAAGGUGGAUCCGACAGAGUUGCCUCGUGGUGCAGUUUAUUUUACAGAACUACGUGGUAUGUAUGCGGAAAAUCUAGCUAUGGGACCAGUGUUCCGCGUUCCAAUAACUAUGGUCAUUCCCGAAACCGUCAACAAUGUUGACUUCUCCAUUGAUCGCACAUUUAAUAAUGUUGGAACUGUACCUAUUCGUCAAUUUAUACAUGUGCCUCCAGAAGCAACUAUAUGUCAAAUCGUAGUUGAAGAUAAGUCUCGCAAACCGAUGGAUCGCUUCACAUUGCACUGUGUUCAACUCGAAGAUGAUAAAUGCUAUAGAAACAGUGAAUCAUAUAAGAUUCUCGGACCGGACUCACACGAAUGGACGAAGACUUUCCCCGUCAUCGGAGAUCGUACUCUUGAAGUGUGCUUAGUGCGUAGUUGGACUAGGUCAGAUAUCGAAGGAAGCGUGCGGGUAUUCACUCGAUUUUAUGGAGUACAGAGAAGUCCUACUAUCAACUUGAUCCAUGGAUCACCUUAUACGCCUAUUCGUAUUAGAGCAGCGCCAUUCCGCCCAAUAGAAAUAAAACCAACAAUAACUCUCAAUACUCUCCACGUUCCUGUGAAACCAACGUCAGCUAAAAUAGAACCGCUUGGUCCUAGAGAUAUAAUUCCAAACGGAAAGCAAAUUCAUCGCCUACUGCUUGUCUACAAAUUUAACACAUUGAAAUCGGGAGAGAUUCGUCUCGAUCUUCCUGGAGUGACGUCAUAUCUGUAUGAGUCUCCUUAUGACUGUAUUCUUAUGCAACUAUUCUCAUCGUCGAAAGAAUUUAUUGGUGCAUCUAGCAGUUAUCCAGAGAGGUACACGUACAAAGUCGAAAAAGGCGAAUAUACAGCACACGUUCAAGUUCGUCAUCCUGACACUACUCAGCUUGAGUUGUUGAUGGAUACCCCUCUACACGUACGAGCACAUAUUUCUCCUGCUCUUAAUCUUGACGUUCUGUCAGCACCAAAUGCAGGCGACGAUGCUUUCAAGUGGUCGAAUAAGCCAUUAGCACCUGCUCAACAGACCACAUUAUAUGCUGGAAGCCUUAAUGAUGAUAAGGUGCCAAAAAUUAUUCCUGUGGUUGGUGGUUGUUUCUUGACUGGUAACUUUGUCGUUAUGGCAGAUAACGAGCUGAAACAGGUAGACAAAUCUGUAAUUACCUAUAUGUUCACCGAGUACAGUACACGGCCAAGCAAAGCGCUCUCGAUGGUGACGCUAAGGGAAAAGAAAGCUGAUGCGACUGGACAGGAGGAGAAGGAAAUGAAUGAAGCGAUACGUGAUACGCAGAUUUCGUGGUUGCCAAAACUCAAGGACCCCGUUGCUGUGGAUCGUCUUUACUCUGAGCUCAUCGUUAAACAUCCUACACAUCUCCCACUCCUUCUUACAAAAAUGAAACUGCUUGUUGACAAGAAGCGCUCGAAAACCGAAACGGAGACGAUGGAGUUGAUCAUUCAGCAAAUUCUCGAACAAUGUCGCGUUGAUGAAGUCCUGAAGUACUUUGGAGCUCGUCAGGAUCACAACGUCGAGCAAAUUGCUUUGAAAAAAAACAUGGAUGAGCGUAAAGCUGCUAUAGUUGACUGUUUGUUGGCUCGCGCUCAUACAACUCUGGAUUCACAUCUCAAAAUGAAUGAUGAACUAUCACCUAUUUUCCGCAAACAACUUACACCUGUGUUCGGUCUUAGCCAGAUCAAGGAUGAAGAAAAACCGACAAAAGGUGAGAAAUCUAAGGACGAGCAGCAGUCCGAUGAUUCUGACAUGGAUCCCGGAAAACCGCCUGAAGAAAAAGAGGCUGCUGUCAGAACAAGCCUUAAGGACGUAGAUGCUGCUUAUCAUGAACUUCUUAGCUGGAUUGCUGCGGAUGAUCCUAAGGCUCUCCUUCUGUCUGCUAAACAUGCAGUUGCUCAUGGCCAUUAUGGAAGAGCUUGUUCGUUCUUCCAGAAAUUGAUCGAUGAUAUGAAAUCCUCUAGCAAGGACACAUCCAACGUAGAACUGGCACUUAUCGAUGUUUGCGAAACUCUUGGCUGGUUUCAUAUCGCUACUCGACUCAGGAACGAGCGUCUGGUACGUAAUCGCUCAACGUAUCGCCCAUUCUGA